UCGGGUAGCGUCAGAUAUCUGUACUACACAGUCUCCUUCAGUUCGCCCUCCAAUCCUUUCGGUUCACCGCGGCUGUGCAGCGCUGGUGUUAAGUUAAUUAAACUUAUUUAAGUUAAUCCAUAGAUCCUUCUAUUAUCAGACAGAAUGGCAGUUCCCCCAGCAUAUGCCGAUCUUGGAAAAGCUGCCAAGGACAUUUUUAACAAGGGAUAUGGCUUUGGUCAGGUCAAACUGGAUGUCAAGACAAAAUCAGCCAGUGGAGUGGAGUUCAAGACUUCAGGUUUCUCCAACACUGACACCAGCAAAGUGGUGGGCAGCCUGGAAACUAAAUACAAGAGGCCUGAGUAUGGCUUGACCUUUACGGAGAAGUGGAACACUGACAACACUCUAGGAACAGAGAUCACCAUUGAAGAUCAGAUUGCAAAAGGGCUGAAGCUGACUUUUGAUACAACCUUCUCACCAAACACGGGCAAGAAGAGUGGAAAGGUCAAGACAGCCUACAAGCGGGAGUAUGUCAACUUGGGCUGUGAUGUUGACUUCGACUUUGCUGGUCCAACUAUCCAUGCUGCUGCUGUGGCUGGUUAUGAAGGAUGGCUUGCUGGAUACCAGAUGUCCUUUGACACAGCCAAGUCCAAGAUGACCCAGAACAACUUUGCUGUAGGCUACAAGACCGGAGACUUCCAGCUGCACACUAAUGUUAAUGAUGGCUCAGAGUUUGGAGGCUCCAUCUACCAGAAAGUGAGCGAUAAGAUGGAGACAGCAGUGAACCUGGCCUGGACUGCAGGCAGUAACAGCACACGCUUUGGCAUCGCUGCCAAGUACCAACUGGACAAGGACGCUUCCAUUAGUGCCAAAGUGAACAAUACUAGCCUUGUUGGUGUUGGAUACACACAGACCCUAAGACCAGGAGUGAAGCUGACCCUGUCUGCCCUGGUUGAUGGAAAGAGCAUCAAUUCAGGUGGCCAUAAGCUGGGAUUGGGGCUGGAGCUGGAGGCCUAAAGUCCUGCACUUACUUGCAUCAGGGACAAGGGAAUAUCAGAGGAAUCUGGCCUUAAAUCUUAACCAGCAGGGGGAUUCUGGAUGGGAAGGGAUGCGUUCAAAGACUUCAACAAAUACAACCAUUUUUAGUACCCAUUGCAAUUUUCAUUCUUUUCCCCUUGUGGUGUCUGUUUUUUCGUUAGUAGCACUCAUAAGCACAGUCACUUUUGGUUCUGCUGCAAAUUAGAUUUCUUAUCUGAAUCUCACACUCCUUUGGCAGUUUCUCUGCAGCUGCAACGGCCGGUUUCUACGCCUGCAUGUUGUAUUUGCUGUUCAGUAAGACAUUUGUGUUAUUCAGGAGAAUGUGAUUUCUUUUUCCACCUCUUUCAUCUGAUAUUCCUUAGUCAUCUGAACAUAAUGUGUGCAACCAUUAACUACAUUUUAAAAUUCGUAUCUGAUUAUAUUUAAAUAAUGUACCUUUUCUUUCCAUACACAAAACAAGAAACUUGCUCUGUAAUACCACUUUCCUCUGUCAGCCAUCAGGAUUUGUAACAACGUUGUACUUGAAACCUGCCCUUAAACUAAGCAGUUUCUGGGUGGCCUAAGUGGAUGAAUGAAAGCAAUUGAACUUGUUUGGGAGAGUAUGGCUGGCAUUGUGGUUUUUCUUUAGUUUUUUAUUUUGCUAAGAUGACUAGGUUAAGCUUAUGGUAAUGCCAAAAUGGUUAUGUUUUGAGUUCAGUACCUAAAGUUUCAAUGUCGCCAUUACGAACCUGACUUGCUGAGGUCGUGCUUUCACAAAACCUUAGAGGUCAUCAUGUGUAUGUGCAAACUUUUCAAUAAAGUCUUUGAACCUCA